AUGUCUUCAAGGCCUUUUGAAAGUCCACCUCCUUACAGACCCGAUGAAUUCAAACCAAAUCAUUAUGCACCAAGCAAUGACAUAUAUGGUGGAGAGAUGCAUGAUCGACCAAUGCUCUCUCAGCCAGCAUAUUCCUUCUACCCAGAAGAUGAAAUUCUUCACUUCUACAAAUGGACCUCUCCUCCAGGAGUGAUUCGGAUUCUCUCUAUGCUCAUUAUCGUGAUGUGCAUUGCCAUAUUUGCCUGUGUUGCUUCUACACUUGCCUGGGACAGAGGCUAUGGAACUGGCUUACUGGGAGGCUAUCCUUACGGAGGAAGUGGCUUUGGUAGCUAUGGAAGUAGCUACGGCUAUGGUUAUGGCUAUGGUUAUGGCUAUGGAGGAGGCUACACAGAUCCGAGAGCGGCAAAGGGCUUCCUGCUGGCCAUGGCUGCCUUUUCUUUCAUUGCUGGAUUGGUGAUAUUUGUUACCAGCGUUUUAAAAUCUGAAAUAUCCAGAACAAGAACGUAUUACUUGACCGUGAUAAUAUCAAGUGCUAUCCUGGGCAUCAUGGUGUUUAUUGCCACAAUCGUCUACAUAAUGGGAGUCAACCCAACUGCCCAGGCUUCUGGAUCUAUUUACAGUUCUCAAAUAUAUGCUCUCUGCAACCAAUUUUAUACACCUGCAGUUUCUGGACUCUAUGUGGAUCAAUAUUUAUAUCACUACUGUGUGGUGGAUCCCCAAGAGGCCAUUGCCAUUGUACUGGGGUUCCUGGUUAUUGUGGCUUUUGCUUUAAUAAUUUUUUUUGCCGUGAAAACUCGAAGAAAGAUAGACCAUUACGACAGGUCAAAUAUUCUGUGGGACAAGGAACACGUCUAUGAUGAGCAGCCCCCCAAUGUCGAAGAGUGGGUUAAAAAUGUUUCUGCAGGCACACAAGACAUGCCCCCACCACCAUCUGACUAUGUGGAGAGAGUUGACAGUUCCAUGGUAUAUUCUUUCAAUGGUAAAGUGAAUGACAAGCGGUCCUACCCAGAUUCUUCCUACAAAUCAACACCUUUGGUGCCUGAGGUGGCUCAGGAGCUUCCCCUGACUUCACCUGUGGAUGACUACAGACAGCCUCGUAACAGCAGCAGCGGUAACUUUGAGUCACCUUCAAAAGUGGCUUCCACGAAGGGAAGAGCAGGGAAGUCAAGUAGAACAGAACAAGACCACUAUGACACAGACUAUACAACAGGCGGCGAGUCGUGCGAUGAGCUGGAGGAGGACUGGUUCAGGGAAUAUCCACCUAUCACUUCAGAUCAACAGCGACAACUCUACAAGAGAAGUUUUGACAUUGGCCUGCAGGAAUACAAGAGCUUACAAGCAGAACUUGAUGAGAUCAGUAAAGAAAUCUCUCGUCUGGAUAAAGAGUUGGAUAACUAUAGAGAAGAAAGUGAAGAGUACAUGGCUGCUGCUGAUGAAUACAAUAGACUGAAGCAAGUGAAGGGAUCUGCAGAUUACAAAAGUAAGAGGAAUUAUUGCAAGCAGUUGAAGAGCAAACUGUCACACAUCAAGAAGACGGUUGGAGAUUAUGAUAAACGGAAAACAUAGAACGCAGAUGUCACCUUGUUUGAGAGAUUAAGGAGUAUCUGUCUGAUGUCUCUGCAAUGUUCUCAUCAGGCAAAUGACUUUGGACUCUUCACCUGGGAGGUCAAACCUUUGUGAUCAUUACAAAGUUUUGGGAACUUUAAUAUCAUCACUAUAAUAUCAUCAGUAUUGAAACAUUUUAUAAAUAGCUUUUGAAAAUCAUCUGGGCUGAACACUCCAAUUAAGGAUUUUAUGCUUCAAACAUUGGUUCUUGCAUUAAGAACUAAGUACUGUUUGAAGUUUUUAAAUCUUAAAGGAAGGUUCUGGUGCGAACUGUGCUGUGAACUUUCACACCCUGGGUGUGUCUUAAUGAUGAUAUUUAAGUGCAUUCACAUAGGUGAUCUCAUUUAAUCCUCCCCACUACUCUUCAGAUAACUGCUAUUUAUAACCUUCCUUUCCAGAUAAGGAAACUGUGUCCCUGCAUUGAAGUCUCUAAAGUGAAACUGCUUGUUUGCUAGCAUGCAGUUUUGGUGAAGUCUGUUAUAUGACUCCACUAAUAAAGCCCUCGGUCUUUCAUAUUUUAGCUAGCAUAUAUUGCAUUCCACCAGUCUCCCUGACUGACUAUAUAAGUGGUUAAAAAGAACUUUUUCUUGUUUUGUGUUGUCCUAAUAAUAAAGACUAUGUAAAAUUAACCAACAUGUGAAAUUUAAAAAUUGUAAAUAUACAUUUAACUUUUAUAAAAUCAAAAUUUAAACUUAGUGGUUAGAAUUUUGUUGUGUAUUUUAAAAUACUUUCUAUCUUUUAUGGUUUACAUUUUUUUUAACCCAUUAGACUUUUCCAUUAUAACUGAGUAUCUGAUUACAUAUAUAAUUCAAUUGUGACUUGAGUUGUAUCUUACAGCAAUUGUUCAGGUUCUGUACAUAUUUUAUAAGGUAUUAAACCUGAUGUUUUCUUUCUGUAUUAUAUCUGUUUGAUGUCAUUAGUGCCGUUAAUAUUAAGUUGUGGAAAACUGUACUCAGGAGAUAUAUUUGUUGUUUUAAGCUAUUUUGGGUGCUGUGCUGGUUGUAGUUUCCCAAUCUUUUGGCUAUAAGAAGGCUGAUUUAUCUGGAAAUAGAAUGCUAUGCCAUAAAACACCGAAUUAUUUCGAUCUCAACAUAUAUUUUUUUUAAUUCAAAUUCUUAUUAGUAAAGUAAAAUUAGCUGAUAAUACUGUGUAUACAGCUAACCAAGUUACAAAGGUGAUUAUAAUCAUCCUCCCAGUUUUUAGAAAUGUACUCUUAUAAAAAGUUUUUGUUUUAUCAAAGUCUGUUUAAGAAUAAUCUUUCAUCUUUAGUAUAUAAUUCAGACAUCUAAGUAUAUAAUUGUCUAUAUACAAGUCUGGAUGAUUUUUCAAAGACAAACUUAAAGAAAUAAUGUUUCCAUUAUAACACUGAAUCAUUUCUUCAAAUUGAAGAAACUCUUAAUUUUCUGCAUGCUAUAAAUACUUAGUAAUACAAAAGGUAAUAAUGCUUUUUAUAGCUUUUGGAUUCACACCAGAUAGAAAAGACUCUUGAGCACCUUAACUGAUUUUUAUGUCUGUUAAAUUUCCAACUCGAUGUUCUUGGAAGUCAACGUACUUAGUUUAUGAAGGCAAGUUUGCCAGUGUUCUGACAAGACAAAACUUUUUGGCUGAAUGGAGAGAAUAUUAUGGGUUCGCAAUGUAAAAUUGUGCCAUAAAAUUGGACUUGGAAAUAAAAAAAUAAAAUCAGUUUUCAAAUGUGGAACUUAUACUAAACAGCACUUCAAGAAUCAGGACUAAGGUGUUUCUCUUGGUGUUGACAUUAACAAGCUGCAUGUAACUUUGAAAAGCCACUCAGGUGGUUUCCUAGUCUGGAAAAUAAGGGGCUUAGAAUUCAGAGGUUUCUUCCAUUUCUGACUUUCUGGGUUCUGCUUUCUGCUUUAAACCAUUAUUCCAAGGAGUUUGUUGUGACAGCAUGUGGUCAUCUGCUAAAAGUUUCACUGCAUAAAGUGAUGCCCACCCUACAUAUGUGAUUAUGUAUUAAAAGUGGAUAGGAUCAAUAUUUUAAUUUGAAAUCUUUAAAGAAAUGCAGAAAAGUAUAAACAUACAUGCACCCACCACACAGAAAUAAGAAGCAUUAGUGUUUUGUCAUAUGUUCUUUGUAUUUUUUGAAAUAAAAUUAUUAGUAUUUAUAGUAGUAGUUAAUAUUUCAUAUAUUAACUAUAUAUGUAACUGUAUAUGUAUGAAAUCUCAAUCCUCACAACAAUCUUUUGACACAAAGCCAUUAUUUACCUCUUUCUCAUAUUACAGAUAAAGAAACUAAGGAUUUGAUAGUUUCAACUGGCCCCUGGUCACACACUAGAAGUGGCUAAUCUCUGAGGACUGGAAUCUCAGUCUGUUUGACUAUUAGGUUCUAAACUUCCAUCCUAGGUUGACUUUGUUAAUAAAUUAAUGGAUUAGAUCAUUGAGAUUGCUCUGGUUGAUGUUAAUAAAGUACCCUAUUUUAAUUUUGAGUAGAUUUUAAAUACCUGAACACAAAAUACCUCAUAUUAAAUAUUAAGUAUCUGUAAAGAGCUGAAUGGGUAUGUCUCUGGAAAGAGGAGUCAAGGCAGAAGAGUGCUUUAAUCAUGGCUCCAGGGACCUUAGCUACAGUUUGGGUUAUGGGAGUUCCUCACACAAAGACAUUCUCCCUACUUAAUCACUGGAAUGGAAAUGUCUCCCAUCUCAACUUUUUCAAAGGCUCACCUGGAGGAGUCAAUUCAAACUCAGCAGCUCAUAAUUCCGCUACACCACACCCUGCCACCUCUGUGUGAAAGGACAGAUAAAUUUGAUGGAGGGCUGUAUCAUUCCUCCUUGUGUGUUUCAUAUCGGUAACAUUUCUUCUGUUAAUGGGAACAGUUUCCAUGAACAAAUGACUAGAUCAUUUGGAUAGUUUUUCGAAAACACUGUGUUAGCAAAUUAAAAUAACGAUAAUUUGGAGUUAAAGAACGUGGACAAAUAACCAGGAUGUUUCCUUGUCAGCAAAUUAAAAUAAUGGUACUUUGGAGUUAGAAAAAGAACAUAGACAAAUAAUCAGGAUGUUUCCUUGUGACUGCAACACAAUGUGGAAGGGUGUCCCCCAAAAAAGUGCAGUUGUUGCUACAGGACCUGCUUGUUCUUCCUUGUGUGUGUUGUCCUAUUCUUCAUUUGCCCUCUAGCAAUUACUUUAAGUGUGACCUUGAACAAAUUACUUAGCGUUCCUGUACCUCAUUUUUUCUCACCAUAAGAGAUACUUUUACCUAAUCUCUUAGUUGUGAAAGUAGUUAAUAUGUAACUUAGAACAAUGUAUGCCCAAAAGUAAAUAAUAAAUAUGGCCAAUUAUAGUUACCUUUUCCCACCUAUAUCCCAAAGCCGGAAGAUGAAACAUUAAACAAUUUAGUUUUUUUUUAAAAGUUGUUUUUAAAAGUACAUAUAUCAUCCUAUAUGCUUGAUCUGUGCUGGGUGCACUCUAGAGCAGAAUGUAAGUGCUUUUGAAUUCUAGGAAGAUAUUGCAUUAGGCUUGGCAUUGUGACUAUUCAUAGAUGAUGAGCAAAUGCUUUUAAGGAUAGAACAAAUCAAGUUUACACAUCAAGAUGAGCAUUAGGUACUGUUACAGACUAUUUUGGAUGCUUUAAAUGAGUCUUGUUCUUUCUGGAAUAGUGGAAAUAGGUUCCACUUAAAGGUACUGGAAUACACAGGUUCACCUCUCCCAGUUCUUUUCAGAUUGCAUGCUCUUUGUAUUUCAGCUUGGUUCCACCAGGCCUUCGAACUGGUUCUGCCUGGUUCAGUCAAGGCCAGUGAAGCAAAACUCAAAUGGACUCGAAUUUUUAAAAUGUGAGUGAAGCAGAACAGGAAAAAUUACAAGUUGAAGCUCUGCGAGAAACUUAAUCUCCCUCUUAGAAAACAAGGGCAGUGUAUGUGUUGCAUAGCAACCAAAUCUCGAGAGCAUAGCUGAAAACAGCAGUGCCAUGCCCAAAGAUGGUGGCCCACCACGUGUCACUCCCCACAGUCCCGGCAAUUAUAUGGGCUCCUGAAAGGGUUCACUACACCUCUUCAGAGUCUCCCAUUCCAGGGCUUUAAUCUGUAAUUUCUCCUGUUCCACUUAUCAUUCCACUUCACUCGAAUUUUAAAAAUUCUGUUCCAAUUUUGCUUCAUCAGCCAUGACUGAACCGGUCUGAAGCCCUGGAUUCCACUGGCUAAGCUGUUCAUUGAUUUCCUAACUGCAUGGAUUGUGUCCAGCCACCCAUGGGCAAAGGACAGAUUGUUCCAUUCUGUUUAGUUGUCCCUUAGUUUUACAAGUUGAAAUGUUAGACUAGGUUAGAGAAUUUCUUUAUCCUACCACUUUGUGCAGUUAGAAUAU